ACUCUUCCUCAUUCCCUAAAUACAUUACAGGCUUCUUCUUUCCAUAUUGUUCAUAUUAUUCUUUUUCAGUCCCCAAAUGGCUGGUGUUGAGGUUGAGAAAACAGUACCAAACACAGAAGAGAAGACGAUGACCGAGAUGCCUAAGGAAACAGUUAAUACGACAGAUGACUCAGCCACUGCGGUUGAAGUAGAAAUCAAAGAAGAAGAAGAAGUACCAAAGGUAGAGAAAGAGACUGAAAAAACCGAGAUAGCUCCGGUUAAAGAGGAGAAACCGGUUGAAAUUCCGGGAGCUGUGGAGGAGAAAGAUGUUAAGCAAGCGGCAGAAGAGGAGAAGACUGUUGAAGUCAAGACAGCGUAAUAAGCUUCCUGUUGAACCCAAGGGAACAUUUCUUGUUUUUUUUUCUUUGGUUUUGUUAAAUCCUAUUAUCUUACGAGAUAUAAGGUGAUGAUGAGUAUCACAUAGUAAUAAGACAGUUCAGGUGCUAGUAUGAUUACUGUAAUGGUAUUAUGGAUUUUUCUUUUUAGUCUCGUCU